CGGAAGUGGUGCUCGGGGCGCAUGCGCUGUGCUUCCUCUGGGGUUCUGGCUCCGGCUCCGUGUCUGUCGGGCGAUGGGCUCCCGGGGGGCGGGGGCGGCGGCGGCGGCGGCGGCGGCGGCGGCGGAGCGGGUCCGAGGCGGAGGCGUGGGCCUCCCCUUCCUGCUGCUCCGCGGGUCGGGCGUGGCGGGCCUGGUGCUGCUCUACUACGGCUUCUCCAUCGGGAUCACCUUCUACAACAAGUGGCUCCUGAAGAGCUUCUCCUUCCCGCUGUUCAUGACGCUGCUGCACCUGCUGGUCAUCUUCCUGCUCUCGGGGCUGGCCAGGAGGGGCCGCGGCGGGAAGGGCCUCUCUUCCUCCUCCUCCUCCGCCUCCUGGCGCCCGGGCCGCCCGCUCCUUCCCUGGGGCGCCUACCUGCGCCAGGUGGCUCCCACAGCCCUCUCCACCGCUUUGGACGUCGGCCUCAGCAACUGGAGCUUCCUCUACGUCACGGUCUCCCUGUACACCAUGACCAAGUCCUCGGCCGUCCUCUUCAUCCUUUUCUUCUCCCUGGUCUUCAAGCUGGAGGAGCCGAGGGCGGCCCAGGUGCUGGUGGUGGUCCUGAUCGCCGCGGGGCUCUUCCUCUUCACCUACAAAGCCGUGCAGUUCGACGGAGAGGGCUUUGCGCUGGUGCUGGGCGCCUCCUUCCUGGGGGGCAUCCGAUGGACCCUGACCCAGAUCCUGCUCCAGAAGGAUGAACUUGGGCUCCAGAACCCCAUAGACACCAUGUUCCACCUCCAGCCGGCCAUGUUCCUCGGUCUCUUCCCGCUCUUCGCUGUCAUUGAGGGCCUCCCUUUGUCCACUUCGGAGAAGCUCGUCCGUUUCCACGAGGCUGGGCUCCUGAUGUCCCUCCUGGCCAAGCUGGCCUUGGGGGGCAUCCUGGCCUUUGGGCUGGGCUUCUCCGAGUUUCUCUUGGUCUCCAAAACCUCAAGCUUGGCCCUCUCCAUCUCUGGGAUCUUCAAGGAAGUCUGCACGCUGCUGCUGGCCACCCACCUGAUGGGAGACCACCUCAGCCUCCUCAACUGGCUGGGCUUCAUUGUCUGCCUCCUGGGGAUCACCCUUCAUGUGGCCUUAAGGGCCAAAGGUCAGAAAGGCCCAAAGCCGCCAAAGGAACCGGACCUGGAGCUGCUGCUGCUGCCUCACCAAGACAGGGAGGAAGCGCUGGCAGAGGCCCCACUCCAGCGCUGAACCCCUCAGGACCCCCAUGGACCAGCCCACCCCAAGAGCUGCAAGUGAGCCCCAUGGUGAUGGUGGUGGCCUUCCACUGCAAGGGAGGGGAAGGGCUGGACCUUUGGCCCCUUCUGGAGCCAGUGCAGAGGGAUGCCAUGGCUGCCUGAAGCAUUCAGCUGGCUAGUGUUUCAGCAGAUGCUGCACUGUGUUCAGAUGAUGGCUUUUGGGCCUUCUGUGGGUAGCCCCAGGCUUUUCCCAGGCAUUGGGGGGCUCCUUUCUCUGGGGCCAGCAAAGUGAGGUCACUGCUGGAGCAUGGGACCAGCAGAAGAAAGAUGAUGGUAGAUUUUGCUCUGUGCUGAGGUGUGCAGAACAGGUUUCUGACAAUGGCGUUUCCAAAAGCCCCCCCCCC